AUGCCUCUACCUCCCUACCUCUAUGCAGCCGACUUGAGUCGUUCCUACCAGUCGGAAUACGACCCCAAGAAGCCCCUCGCGGAGUGGGCCGUGCGAGAGAAGGACCAGUUCCUCAAGCACCGCGACAAGAAUGGCGACAAGCGUAUGGAUCGUUCGGAGGUCGGUGAGUGGAUCAUGCCGACUGACUAUGAUCCCAUCGAGGCUGAAGCCAAACACCUCAUCUACCACGCGGAUAAGAACAAGGAUGGAAAACUCUCGGAAGAGGAGGUGGUCAGUCAUCAGUCCCUCUUCGUUGGCAGUCAGGCCCUCAACUACGGUCGUCCGCUGUCGCAUGAGGAGCUGUGA